GGCAAAAGAACACAGACACUGGAUAGAGGAACACUAAUGUACUCUGUCAAAAUACAUUUUGAUAGUGACAAAAGUUAACCGUACCAAUGAAAGCUAUGACAUCAUCAACACGACUCGGGUUUUGGAAAGCAAUAAUGCUAGGUUGAAGGUUAUUGUGGCUACAGCAAAAUAGUUAUUGGGGUUAACAGAUACUGUUGAAAUGGUUGUAGAUAUGCUGAAUAAUCCUACGAGUGGAUUGAUGGUUGUAGAUAUGCUGAAUAAUCCUACGAGUGGAUUGUUUCAGAAUGAUAUACAGUUUAAUGGGUUAGUAGGGCUUUUUCUUAGUAGUGCAUAAUUAGGUAGACCAUGAUUGAUGCACACUCCAGCACAGUAGGUGGCGGCAUGCACCUUUUAACGUUUGUUUGCGGACGGCAAUGAUAUCAUAGAAGACUAAGUAAGAUGAACGGAAGUGAACAGUGACCAAGAACUAUUUCCACGUUAAGAGUUUUUAUUGUUAAUAUUUAGAUGUGUAUUACCACCCUGGAACGCAAUAUGACUUAACUGCACAGCAUCACAUACUUAACCCAUGUAGUUUUUAAUUCGCGUUGGAGACAGGACUUGGUACAUAUGUUAUCUAGGUAACGCUAGCUGCUAACAAUGGCCGGUAACUCUAACGGUAUGGUAUUUCACACUCAAAUAGCCUCCAUUAUGGAGGUGCUAGCGAAUGCAGCCGUGGCAGAGAUCUGUAAAGUCGUAGACGACGACUAUGCAGUGUUUCGUUUGGAAAUAACUCAAAGCCGGAAAGAAAACAGGGCAUUACGGAGGAAACUACUGGAACUGAAGGUGACACGAGAGCGCGUCCUCGCCAGUCGUCCCAGUAGUAUCAAGAUCCUCGACCGAUACAGAGGAAUGGCAAGAGGUGAAGGACAUCUCACUGGAGGCCACAGGAGCUUUGUGAAGUCAGCGGGACACAAUACAUGGAGAGAUGACCAACCAAUCACGGUUGAUGAGGGGAGUGGAACCUCAACCCAGCAUGUUAUCGUGAUAGAGUCUGCAGAUGCAGAGGCUGCAGGUCCUGGAGGAUCAUCUCUGGUCAAGCAGGAGAGGACUGAAGGAGAGGAGGACUCACAACACAGCAGAGACAUCCAGACUGGAGCAGCGGCUGUAGUGGCACACCCUGUAGCCACGGAGGACCUUGCCACCGCCCCCCAGCCUAGGACCCGAUGCAGCAUCACGGAGGAGGAGAGUCCAGAGGUGCUGCUGGUGAAGGAUGAGGGGUGUGAGGAGGGUCUAGGGAACCCUGAGGGGACCAUGGUCAUGGAGGACAACCAGACUACACCUCCUGAAUCCACAGAGGAACCAGCUGAGCAGCACAGGACCACACACAGUCUCACUGAGUCAGUAGACAUGGAGGAUGGGAAGCCUGAUCUGCUGCUGGUCAAAGAGGAAACAAUAGAAGACGGACCAGAGAGCAUUGAUCUGCUGAGUGGACUAAAGAUGGGGGAGCAAGGUGGUUUGCUGGAGGCUAACAGAGGAGACUGGGCGGCCAUCUUGGAUUCCCAGACUGGUGCAGCCAAGGACCCAGGGGACAACAUCACUGAGCAGGCCAGGACCAGAGGUGACACAGUGGAGGUCAGUGGAUGGGACAGCAUCCUCAACUCUGGAGUGGGGAACAACACUGUUAACCAGAAACAGACUGUCGAACACAAAACAACAACCAAACUUAGUUGCCAUGACAACAGACUGGCUGAGACCAGGGCGAGGCGUAGAUUUGGUCUGCAGGGACGGGGAGGUGUCCGUAUGCGGCAGGAGAGAACAGACACAGACUCGGCUAGCGAUGCUCCGUCCUGCUCCUAUAGUUGUGAUUCAGAGAGACUGAUGGCGCCUCAGGUUAACCCCCAAACAGGUGCUGCCUUCAGCCUGCCUUCUAUAGGAUCUAUCAACUGGAACAUGGACCCUGUGACAACACAGACACUCCCUGGCCUUCAUCCUCCUCACACUCUCCUAAUGUUAAACCAGAACUCAGACAAUGCCAGUGCCUCAACACCAAAUGGCUACACAAGCCCAUUGACAAAUGACAGGAGUAGUAACUCUAUCUGCAGAUCUGGUGGCAAAGAGAAGCGCUUCCCGUGUUCAUUCUGUGGGAAAGCCUUCAGUUUCCCCAAACAGGUGGAGAUCCACCAGAGGAUGCACACGGGGGAGAAACCAUUCGGCUGUCAUCUUUGCCGGACCAGUUUCUCCCAAUUGUCCAACCUGAAGAGGCACCAGAGGGUCCACACAGGGGAGAAGCCUUACAGCUGCCCCCAGUGUGAGAAGAGGUUCUCCCACCAGCACCAUCUGAAGAUACACCUGAAGGUCCACACAGGGGAAAGGCCUGUACGCACUGGGGAAAGAGUUUCUCGGAGAGGAGCUACCUCAGGAUACACCAGCAGAAAAUGCACACGGACAACGUAUAGUGUAUAGUGAGUGAUACAGAAUUUGUCACUUUAAAAAAAAGCCAAAAACAAAUAAAGUAUGUCUUCUCCUUCAGGGUCCCGUCUAAUGCCUGGUGACUGGGUUCAUACAAGGCCUGGGCCUGAAUCUGGGUCUAGCCUUCCUCAGUUACCCCACCAAUACAGACAGGGUCAUGAUGGGCGUUCACCACAAGAGGUACCUAGCCUAUAACACAGCACACAAUGUCAACAACACCCAAACAAUGACUAGAGGUCAAGGAGGGAGCUCAAAGACUAACCACCUGUCUACCUCCUCUAAUGUCAUUGGGUCACAACAUGGGAGGCCGAGCAUUAAGACGGACAUCGACAAGCCGUAUGCCUGCCUCACGUGUGUGAAGCACUUCGCUGAGGUGAACUAUGCGAAGCAGCACCAGACCGUUCACACCAAGGAGAGGCCCUUCAAGUGCAAACUGUUACAAGAGCUUCUCAUUCCUGAGUAACAUUAUCAGACAUAGGAGUGUCCACAAUGGGGAGAAAUCGUAGCAGUGUGGUUUGAGAUGUACACAGGGAAUAUCUGGAAACUAUUAUUUAGCUGACAUAUUAUACUAAUGUGAAGUGUCUUGGGGUAAGAGGGUAAUUAACCACAUAAUUCAUUAAACCUUUGUUAACUUGUCAUUUAAAA